UCCCCUUAUCUCUCAAUUCUCAACCAAAAUUCAAAUCCCUUUUUCUCUCUAAAAUUCCCUACUCGUUUUUUUCUCUUUUUUUUCUCAACAUCCAAAUAAUACACACAAAAAAAGAAAGGGAAAAAAAUGGAGCAUAAUGUAGAAGUGAUAUCAAAGAGAAUAUGGAAUAUGGUACGUAUAGCUUAUUACAUGCUAAGGAAAGGCAUUUCCAAAAGCAAGCUUAUGGUCGACCUCACAAAUCUCAUCUCAAAACGCCGCAAGCUCACCGGAAAAGCCUUGAAGAAUCUCAUAUUCCACCAUGGCCACGACGGCAUCUCCGGUGGGGCCUUCUCCCUCGCCCCUUUCCGUCGUAACCAACACCUCGAUCUCACCGCCGCUGCCGGUCACUACGAAUUUAGCUGCACCAACACCCCUGCUUUUCCUAGUUUUCAUUACGCCUUCAACAAACGCCGCCAUUUCUUCGCGUGUGCUCACCCACCUAAUACCCUUGACGAUGACGUGGCCGCCGUGAACGCUUUCAAGGCCGUUUGGGAGGCCCUUAACAAUAAUAAUGAUGUGGCGGUUGGCGUGGCAUCCCCAUCGUUACCUGGGUUUGGCCGGAGCCCGAUGCUGGUUAGGCAGCUGAGGGUCACUGACUCACCAUUUCCACUAGCCGGAGGUGACGAUGAGGACUGCCACGUGGAUAAGGCCGCGGAGGAAUUUAUUAAUCGGUUUUAUAAGGAACUACGGUUGCAGAAGACAGCGGAGUAAAAAGGAAUUUUUUAAUAUCAAUUGCCGGCCGGCCGGCGGCCACGUGGCCUCCGAUGGGUUGAAAAUUGACGACGAUGUUAAAUUUUGUCCAAUCUUGUCUUUUUUUUUUUCCCCAUAUCAAGAAUAUGUCUAAUCUUUGUGUCAAUAUUAUAAUAUAAAGUUCAUAUUUGCCUGCA